AUGCGGGGCACUGGACGGGACUGUUCAUGUUUUCAGCGUUCCCGCUUGACGGAUCUGAGGUGCGUAGGCGACCGCUGGCGCUCAGAUGACGCGUGCCGAGCACGCAGCCACCGUCUCUGUCUGGAGCACACUUCUCGAGGGAAUUGUGCCCGGGGUGUCGCGCGCCAGCUGAACAUGAACGAGGGCGCCUCCAUGCUUGAGCUAGGACGCGAUAAAACUGCUCUAGCGUCUAACUACAUGUGGCGCUGCUCUGUGCAGCUUGCUCGGGGUGCUCUCGCCUGUGUCGCACACGCGUCCGUUCAUUGUCGAAUCAGCGGUGGACAAAGGGAAAUUGGUCGAGAGACCAUGGCGACCGACAUCAGCAAAAUGCCUCAUCGCGCCAGUCUGAGGAUUGCACGUGAUUGA